GGAACUCCACCCAAAAGGGGAUGUUCCGCUUUAAGGACUGCUCCCCUGCUCUCCAUUAAGGAUUGGCACCUUUGGGGGGCGGGGGGGAGUGGGUACCCAAAUUUGACAGGUACCCACUCCCACUUCUGGUCCAAUCGCCUAGGCAAUCGGAAGGUGUCCUCCCUCCCUCCCUGUAGUCUUGGGUGGGACACGUGACAGGUCACAGAAGACUACAGGACCAUUCAUGAAGCGCAUCGCUACUCGCGCAUGCGCAGUGGGCACCCAGCUGUGAAGCCGCAAGCUGUCACAACCGGGUGCCCACACUGAAGAUGC